UUCAUCUCUAUAAUAUCAUGGAAUUUUUUAACGAAUUACUUACCCUCAUGUGUACCGCGGCAGUUGUUUUCGGCGGAGGCUUUUUUUAUUUUGCUUGCCUCUUCGGCUCUGCCGAGCAGAAGGGUAAAAAUGCCGUUCAACUUUCUGGUGGUUCUCUAGCCAAAGAGAAAGUUCAAGAAGGGUACGAACAAUACUCGUCUUUCUUCCGCCACCCUAAUGGAAAUGAAAUCGACACCUCCAAUAAAGUCCCUGCCUUUGUUGACACUUUCUAUAAUCUCGUCACUGAUAUAUACGAGUGGGGUUGGGGCCAAUCUUUUCACUUCUCCCCUCGUAUCCCAGGAAAAUCCCAUCGCGAUGCCACGCGCAUGCAUGAGGAAAUGGCUGUCGAUCUCUUGGAUGUGAAGCCCGGAGCCCGUAUCCUUGAUGCUGGUUGUGGGGUUGGUGGCCCAAUGCGGGCUAUCGCGGCCCAUUCUGGUGCUAACAUAGUUGGCAUCACCAUUAAUGAGUACCAGGUAAAACAGGCCCGGGCUCACAACAAGAAAGCCGGGCUUGACUCUCAGUGCGAGGUGGUUUGUGGCAAUUUCUUGCAAAUGCCGUUUGCGGACGACAGUUUCGAUGGAGCUUACUCUAUCGAAGCAACAUGUCAUGCCCCAAAACUCGAAGAAGUGUAUAGAGAGAUCUAUCGGGUGUUAAAGCCUGGAUCUCUGUACGUUUCCUAUGAGUGGGUUACAACCGAAUUGUACAAUUCGGAUGAUCCUGAACACGUGGAGAUAAUUCAGGGGAUUGAAAGGGGUGAUGCUUUGCCAGGGUUGAGAAGCUACAAGGACAUUGCUGAAAUCGCUACUAAAGUAGGUUUCGAGGUGGUGACGGAGAGUGAUUUGGCUAAGCCACCUGCGGAGCCAUGGUGGACGAGGCUCAAGAUGGGGAGGAUCGCUUAUUGGAGGAAUCAUGUCGUGGUCACUGUGCUUGCUUGGCUAGGGAUCGCACCUAAGGGUGUCACGAAUGUCCACGAUAUGUUGUUUGUGACAGCUGAUUAUUUGGCUAAAGGGGGUGACACUGGCAUUUUCACUCCUAUGCAUAUGAUUCUAUGUAGGAAGCCUGAAUAAUACACUAGAAAAAGGAUUACUUUGUGACGAAUGAUCUUACUUACGGAGAUAUUAUCGACGGAAUUAGAUAAUUAGCGAUGAAAAUCAUGCAUGUUUAGGGAAAAUUAGGCACGUUUAGCAUUAUUAUUAAUCUUUUUUUGUUUGUAGUGACAAAAGGUAGGGGAAUGGCAGAGCAAAUGAGCAAAAAUUGUUGGAGCAAAUAUAAUUCCUAUUUGAUAGCUUUGACUUUUAAAUUUUCAUGGCAAAUAUCUCUUUGUUAGUGAUUGAAUCGGUGGUGUCCCUAUGGACAUAUCUGACAAAAUUGGAUCAUUGUUAACUUUCUUUUCCUUAUAGUUUGAUUUUGUGCA